AUGAGAGACGGCUGGCUAGAUAGCGAUUUUUAUUAAUCGCACAAGUCUCUAAGAGCCAACUUUAACUCAAAAAUUUUUUGUUCUCACAUGGCUUGUGGUCACGUGGCUAGUAUCAACCAAUCCACAACCUGUAAACAUGUCAACAUGUGAUGCCAUAUGUCAUUAAUCUAACCUCACUUUUAUGUUGUGUUUUUAUUUUUAAUUUUUAAUUUUACUAUUAAUGUUUAAGCCAGUUUUAAACAGUUCGUGUAUUUUGUGUGUAACAUAUCUUUAUAGUUUAUAAUAAUCAUUUUAUUAAGAUAUUAUUUAUUAAAAAAACAAUCAUGUCCAAAUGUGCCGUACGAAUCGUAAACGUCGAUUUCUACAUGUCGCAACCAGUCCAAGACCUGGAUGUGAUGUACGCCGACUUUAGAGGCUCUUCAGUUUCACAGGUACCAGUCAUUCGAAUAUUCGGUUCAACAGAUUCAGGCAAAAAAAUAUGUCUGCACGUCCACGGCGUGUUCCCCUAUUUGUACAUACCAUACGACGGUAGUGCAGAUGUCAAUAUUCUCAAAUAUCAAAUUGCUGUGAACAUAGACAAAGCAAUAAAUAUUUCCUUCGGUCAAGCCUCCUCCACUGCCCAACAUGUGUACAAAAUAAUGCUAGUUUCAGGAAUACCCUUUUAUGGUUAUCACACUCGAGAGCACCAAUUUUUCAAAAUAUUCCUCUUCAAUCCAAUUUUAGUGCGAAAAGUGGCCAACAUGCUUCAAAGUGAAGUGAUUCUAGGCCGCUUAUACCAACCACACGAGUCCCAUAUACCCUACAUUCUCCAAUUUAUGAUUGACUACAAUUUACACGGAAUGAGCAAAAUUCUCCUCAGUGAUGUUAAAUUCAGAGACAACUCUACAAAUAGUCCCCCAAAGCAGAGCAUGUGUGAGCUGGAAGCAGACACUUUGUGUGAGAACAUUUUAAACAGACUGGAAAUAUCUGAAGGCAAUUUGGGGAUUAAUCCAGGAAUUGCGGCUUUGUGGGAGGACGAAAAACAACGACUGCGUGACAAAGGCGAAGAUUCAGAGAUUGGAACCUGUCUAACCUUGGUCACUUCACAAACAGAACCAACGAAAAGCCACCUUUUAUUUAAACAGGCGCUUUCAGAGAAGUUGUGCUUAUAUGAAGACGCCAAAGACAAAAUCGACGACAGUAUAAGCGUUUACCCCGCUGAAACCCCACACAACAAGACCCUGAAAAACGCGUCUUUUAUUGAAGUUCAUUCCCCUUUAUCUUCUGGAAGUUUGAAUGAAAGCGCUGAUUUAAACGCGACGCUGGAUGAUGACGCAAAAGACUUGUUUGAGAUUUUGCAGGAUUUGGGGAGGAAGAACUUGGAGGAGGAGGAGACGGAUUGCAUUUUGUCGCAGGUGCAGAAGGAGGACGACGAGGAAGAGAACGAUUUUGACUUGAGCAUGUCUAUGGCGGAGACCACGCCGUUUAAAAGUAUCGUGGAGAGUUUGCAAGGCAACGAGUUCGAUGAUAGUUUGGAUGUGACGUUGGUACCGCAGCUCGACGGCCAGAACGAUGGGUCUGAUGAGGAGAAUGAGGGGAAAGGUCGCUCGACGCAGAAAAAGUGUAAAUAUGGCGCUUUGCCGAUUUUUGUGUCUUCGCCAGCGGUCAAUGGGCGGGUUCUGGAGCAGGCCCCCGACAAAAACCCUCCCGGUGUAGAUCAAGUUAAACGAAAGCUAAACUUUCGUUUCGCAGACACCACAAUCUGUGAAAGCACCAUAGAAUGUCAAUACAAAUCUACCAGCAAAGAACGAAUUUAUAAUAUAAACCCAUGGAAUAAAAAAUUAAAGACACAAAUUCCUCACAGUUCUGAAACCAAAUUGAGCUUAGGUCCAACACAAGACGAUACAGUUUCUUCACCUAGCGAAGACAAGACAAUAGAAGAAUUUUCUUCAUCCGGCGAACCAAAAUUUAACACGGAUGACACCCCACAAACCAAUCACGAACAAUCUGAGGAAGAAAUAUUCGAGGACCAAAAAAACAUGGUCCCGACUCUCACCGCCGCCGAACUAUACGACAUCCAAACUAAUUACAGACCAAAGGAAGGCUGCUCCUCUAAAUUCACCCAAGACUCCCAAAAUUCCGACACGAAAUCCAGUGACCUAUUCCCGGUCCUAGAACAGGAAUCUGCACAAUCCACUCCGCAGGACUUGGAUACCACCAUCACGCCCGAUUUGUAUCCCACUCCUGACUCUAUAUCCCAGAAUUCCAACACCCGUGAAAAUAAAACUCGCCGCAUUAUAACGCCUGUGCUGCGUCCCCCAACCCGAGCCGAGGUCGUGAGUAGUUUGGAUCAACUCAACAUACCCCACGUGAGGUACCAGACACCUUUUUACAGCGACCCGGCGGACGCUACAGGGAGCAUCGAAGUGGGCCACCGGGUUUUAAAAAUCCCGACUAAGACAAUCAUGGAUUUGGAAGACUGCAAGACGCGCUACGACGGCAUAGACGCUUACAGAAAGACCAAAAUGCCCGCGAAUAUGAAGUGGACCCGCGAAAACGUGAACAAGAUCAAGUUGUCGUAUUGUAGUGAGAAUUCGCGGAUUAUCGAACCCGUGAAGCACCCUCCAACCAGAAAGGAGGUUGAGGACUGGUUGAAAAGGCAAAGGGAACCGAGGAAGAGUGAAGUCAAAGAGGCGAAGAAAGAAAGGGUAAUCAUUCCGGGUAGUCCUGAGGAUGAUAAUAGUGAGAUGGAGUUGACUUUGACGUUGUCGCCCUGUGAGGGUAACUCGGGGAAGUGUGAGAGUCCCGUUUUGGGGAAAUCUAGCAGGAAGAGAAAAAAACGGGACGACUCGUGUCGGAUUACGGGGAAGAGUUUGGAUAACACGUACGGGUUUAAAGUCACCCCUGAGAAUCUCCAAGAGGCUAAAGCUGUCAAUGAGUACCAGUAUGUUACGAUUUUUGUGGUGGAAGUGCACGUGGACACAAGAGCGGAGUUAAGACCAGACCCUGCGUACGACUCUGUACAAGCGAUUUUUUUCUCGGUUGAGGAAGAUGGACCCGAAAAGAGAAGUACUUCUGGAUUGAUUGGGGUUAAAGUUCGCGUUGCUGAAGUCGAUGGUGAUAUCCUGUGUGUGGAAAACGAAGAAGAACUCUUUAAGGAGUUCGUCAAGUUAGUACAAAAGUGGGACCCUGAUAUUCUCGCCGGGUACCAAACCGAGUUGUUGUCCUGGGGGUUUCUUCUGGAGCGUUCUCAAGUUCUUGGUAAUGAUCUUCUCCAAGCGCUGUCUCGAAUCAAGGAAAAAACGCGGAGUUACUCAGACGAGGGUUUGAAGAUCACCGGCCGCAUUCUGCUUGAUUUUUGGAGGCUUCUUCGACACGAAAUCGCCCUCCAGAGUUAUACUUUCGAAAACAUUAUGUACCAUUUGUUGCACAAAAGAGUGCCUUCGUACUCCUUCAAACAAUUAACUGCGUGGUGGAACCACCCGCUGUACCGUCACAGAACCAUGUCCUACUACCUCCUUCGAACGCAAGGUCUUCUACAAAUCCUAGACCACUUGGACCUUGUAGGUCGUACCAGCGAACUCGCGCGUCUGUUUGGUAUCCUCUUCUUCGAAGUACUGUCACGAGGGUCGCAAUUCCGGGUCGAAUCCAUGAUGCUCCGUCUAGCCAAACCCUUGAACUACAUCCCGGUGUCCCCCAGCGUGCAACAAAGAGCCAAAAUGAAAGCCCCCGAGUUUCUCCCUUUAAUCCUCGAGCCUGAAUCCAAGUUGUACGUCGAUCCAGUCAUAGUCCUGGAUUUCCAAAGCUUGUACCCUUCGAUGAUAAUUGCCUAUAACUACUGCUUUUCGACGUGUUUGGGCAAAGUGGCACGGUUAGGAAAAAACACCCCGUUUGAGUUCGGCGCGACGCAACUGAAGGUGUCUCGAAAAACCGCAAAGAAACUUCUGGAGGAGGACUGUUUGAACUUCUCCCCUUGUGGGGUCGCGUAUGUUAAGAAAAAGGUCCGAGAUGGGAUUCUCCCGCGCAUGCUCCGAGAGAUCCUGGAGACGCGUCUGAUGGUCAAGAACUCCAUGAAAAAGAACAAGGAGGAUAAAAUCCUCCAGAAGGUGCUUCAUAGUAGACAGUUGGGGUUGAAGUUGAUCGCGAAUGUGACCUACGGGUACACGGCUGCCAACUUCAGCGGGCGCAUGCCUGCGGUUGAGUUAGCAGAUAGUGUGGUGAGCAAGGGACGGGAGACUCUGCAGAGGGCGAUCGAUCUGGUGGAAACGACACCGGAGUGGCACGCGAGAGUGGUGUACGGCGACACAGACUCCUUAUUUGUUCUUAUCGCCGGGAGAAGUCGAUCGGAAGCCUUCGAAAUCGGGAAGAAAAUUGCAGACGCUGUAACGAAUGCCAACCCAGACCCGGUGAAGUUGAAGCUGGAGAAGAUUUACCAGCCGUGUAUAUUGCAGACGAAGAAGAGGUACGUGGGGUACAUGUACGAGAGUCCGGAGCAAGCGGAACCGGUGUAUGACGCGAAGGGAAUCGAAACGGUGCGAAGGGAUGGCUGUCCGGCGGUUGCAAAGAUGUUGGAGAAGUGCAUCCGGAUUUUGUUCGAGACGAUGGAUGUCAGUUUGGUCAAGAAGUACGUGCUGAGGCAGUUCCACAAGAUUCUGACCGGCCGGGUAAGUUUACAGGAUCUUACUUUUGCGAAGGCGUACCGUGGGGCGGCUGGAUAUCGACCAGGAGCCUGUGUCCCGGCGCUAGAGCUUGCCCGAAAGUGGACAGCCUUCGACCGACGGCACGAACCCCGCCGAGGCGAGCGCGUGCCCUACGUCAUCGUGAGCGGUCCCCCGGGUGUCCCCCUAAUCCGGCUCGUUCGAAGCCCGUACGACUUUUUGAACGAUGCGAGUUUGCGCCCGAACUCCAUCUACUACAUCACGAAAGUGAUAAUUCCGCCAGUCAACCGGUGCUUUAAUUUAAUUGGUGCAGACUUGACUGGGUGGUUCAACCAAAUGCCAAGGAGGCACUUCCAGUACUUGCGAAACGCAUCCCCGGUGAAAAGGAACACGAUCUCUCAGUAUUUCCAGUCGAAUAGUUGUGCGGCUUGUAGUGCGCAAACUCAGAAGAGUUUGUGCGAUAGGUGUGUGAGGAGGCCGCAGCGUACCGCGGUGGUGCUUCACGAGAAAGUACGACUGUGGGAGGAGGCUUUCCGUGGUGCUACUUUGCAAAUGACGUAUCCUGUGUCAAAUUCUUUCCAAACAGGAAUACCUAGAACCUCAAGAUUGUUUUAAAUUAAAAAAAAAAAACGGGGUCUCAAAAUCAACUCAAAAACAGAUUUGCGAGUCGUGCACUGGGGUGAUGGACGAUUUCGUGUGCGUGUCUUUGGAUUGUCCGGUACUAUACAGGGU